AUGUCCUCUUUACCGCAGCAGGUCUGCCCUACCUGGGUAUUUGCAAGCGGCUCAAACGCCCAUGCAUGUAAGAAUCGCGCCUGGUUUACGGAGUAUAUACCUUUCGAAUCCGUAACGUAUAACUACGUCGGCGAGGGCCCUCGUGUCUACGGGGUCGGCACCGUUGAGCUGCCUAUCGCACAGCCUCCCAGGGCCGAUGGGCUCAGUAUGCUGUCUACUCUCCGCCUUGAGAACGUCUUGCAUACACCGGACAGCAUUUGUAACGUCAUCGGAGGCAUGCUGCCGCUUAACUUGAUCGGAGGUAGGAAAGGUGGCGACGGGUUCGGCCGUUAUGCGCUCCACCAGGCGGACGGCCACCCAGUGGUCUACUCCCGCCCAGGACAGACGCUCUUUGUUGUUCAGUUGCGAAAGCCCCCUAGCGGGCUACAAUACGGGCCUUCUACGCUAGAGGAGGAUGUUAACUAUGUAAUUAAUGUAUCAUGGCCAGAAAGCGAGAGGGAGCGUUUCAAGGAUCACCUCCGCCAGUCAGACGGGGUUAGUCAAGAGGCCGGGUAUACUAGGAAGGAGAAGCAAUGGCUGAAGAAACACUUUGCUAGGGAGUAUGAGUUUCUUCUAACCUAUGGGGCUUAA